CCCAUAAAAGGGCAUGAAGGGAUAGACUGGGCCCCCUGCCAGGGUCCUUUGGCUUUUGGUUUGAGUUUCUUACCGAAAUAAUGAAAAAGUUGCUCGUGUUUCUAGAACUCGAAAAGGAAAAAAGCCUCUGCACUCGAAGGCUCAGCUGACAGCAGGAGGGGUUGAGCUGCGAGUUGGCGACGCUUCGGAGCCAUGGCCACCAGCACCCCGCGCGCUGGCGCUCACACCGAAGGCCGAAACAUGGGAAACCAAAAGCCACGGAUCUUGCCCUGGCUGGUGUGGCAGCUGGACCAGGGACAGCUGGAAGGCGUGUCCUGGCUGGAUCCAAGUCGCAAGCGCUUUCGCAUCCCUUGGAAACAUGGCCUGCGGCAGGACACUCAGAUGGAAGACUUCGGCAUCUUCCGGGCCUGGGCCGAGGCCAGUGGUGCCUACAUUCCAGGAAGGGAUAAGCCUGAUCUGUCAACCUGGAAGAGGAAUUUCCGAUCUGCCUUGAACCGGAAGGAAGGGUUACGUUUAGUCGAUGACCGGAGCAAGGACCCUUAUGACCCUCAUAAGGUGUAUGAGUUUGUGUCCUCAGGAGCAGGGGACUUUGUGCAGCUGGAUUCCUCUCCUGAAACCAAUGGUGGAAGUAGUAUCUCUGAUGCCCAGGGAGACCUCUUGGAGUUACUGGAUGACAUGUCCUUAGCCCCCCUCCCUGGCAAAGGGCCCUCGGGCCUGGCUGUCACUCCUGAAUGCUCUCAGCCCUUGUUGAGCCCCAACUUGGACAGCCUCCCAAACAUGGUACCUCAAGACAACCCUCUGAGGCAGCUGCUGGUGGCUGAGGAACAGCAGUGGGAGUUCGAGGUGACAGCCUUCUACCGAGGACGCCAUGUCUUCCAGCAGACCAUCUUCUGCCCAGGGGGCCUGCGACUAGUGGGCUGUGAGGCUAGCGACAGGACACUGCGCUGGCAGCCAGUAAUACUGCCGGACCCCGGACUAUCCUUGACAGAUGGCCCUGUGAGGAACUGCGUGAGGCGUGUGCUGGACUGCCUAGGCAAGGGUCUGGCCCUGUGGCGGGUAGGACAGCAUCUCUGGGCCCGGAGGCUAGGGCACUCCCAUUCCUAUUGGGCCAUAGGUGAGGAGCUCCUCCCAGACAGCGGCCGUGGACCUGAUGGAGAGGUCCCCAAGGACAAGGAUGGAGAAGUAUUUGACCUGGGGCCCUUUGUAGCAGAUCUUAUUGCCUUCAUGGAAGGAAGUGGACGCUCCCCACGCUACACCCUGUGGUUCUGUGUAGGGGAGCCAUGGCCCCAGGACCAGCCAUGGGUCAAGAGGCUCGUGAUGGUCAAGGUGGUUCCCACCUGCCUCAGGGCUCUGUUGGACAUGGCCCGGGUUGGGGGAGCUUCCUCCCUGGAGAACACUGUGGACCUACAUAUUUCAAACAGCCAGCCCCUGUCCCUCACGUCUGACCAGUACAAGGCCUACCUCCUGGAUCUGGUGGAGGAUAUGGACUUGCAGGUCACUGGGGAGGACUGAGGCCAGCUCCAUUCACAUCAAUAAAGCAGUUCCCACCACA